CUCCACACUGAUCCCGUCUCCCACCUGUCGGCCUGCUUGGAUGCCAUACAGAGGGGCACGACGACAUUUGAUGUUGUUUGUGUAAGAAACCUUCUGAACGCCACCGAGAUCGCCGUAUAUUAUGAAUCGGAAAUUUCUAGGCUUCGGCGGGAAGCCAAGGUUCAUACUACCUCUGCCAAUGGGGAAGUUAUCACCUUUAUCAACGCGACAAUAUUAACUAUGGAAAAUGGCGAGCUCUCUGCUGACUUGACCGCAGGAGGAACCUGA